GGUGUCUAUAUCCUUCGACCGGUAAUAAUGCUCACCUCAACGAUACUCGCUUUCAAAAUGAGUCUCUUUACACGCUUCUCUCUGUCCAGCACACUCUAUACAGUAUUCUUCCUGCUCUUCUUAGUCCAAACAUGCCUGGCGACUCCACGAGUGAUGAUAGGCGCCGAUGCUGUGCAUUCAGAACCCAGCCGGAUCCGACCUAGACAAACAACAUUCACCUCCUUCUCCUUCCCUUCGUCUUAGUCCAGCGUUGACAGCGCGUCGGCGGACAGCGACUUCACCAGAAACUAUAACUCUGCCAAGAAGACCGUCGAUACAACAAGAAAGGUCAUCAUCGGUCUGGCAGUAGGGCUGGGUGUGGGAAUCCCACUAUUCCUGGCCACGGUAGCAUGCUGUUUCAUCCAACGCCGCCGUAGGAGAAGAGCUGCCGACCAGUACCAGCCAGCUUUCGAGGCAUCGAAACCGGCAACCUUCAUUGAUGGAGCCAACAACUCGCCAAUGCCGCAGGGAACUCAAUACACCGGCUACAGCUAUAAGGCAACACCACAGGAUGACUAUCCGCCCACUUAUCAGCACAAUAGGUACUCAGCACCAGUCUCAGAAGUCAGCGGGGUUCCACCAAGCAGAGAAUUGCCGUCUAAUAAUAUCAG